AUGUUGCUUCUCCUUCUGAUCUCAAGUGCUUUUGUCCUGCCCUGGGCUGGGGCUGGAAGGAUCAUUGGUGGGAAGGAAGUUGUGCCCCACUCCAGACCCUACAUGGCUUAUUUAAAAAUAAAAGUUAAAGAUCGGUCUGGCUCAAAGCCUUCUUCCUGUGGAGGGUUCCUGAUUCGCCCAGAUGCAGUGCUCUCAGCAGCUCACUGUGUGCCUAAAAAAGGAUUGAAAGUCACUGUGAUUCUGGGAGCCCACAACAUAAAUGUCCAAGAAUGGAGCCAGCAGAGGAUCCAUGUUACAGACUGGGUCAUUCAUCCCAACUAUUCUUCUGCUAGUUUACAAAAUGACAUUGCGCUGCUGAAGCUGAGGUCAAGGGCCAGGAUCAAUGAGAAUGUGACAUUUAUUUCCAUACCCAGGAGUAAUGAACAUGUGAGAGUAGGAACUAGAUGUAGGGUGGCUGGCUGGGGUGAUACAUCUGUGUACGGGAGCACAACUGAUGUGAUGAUGGAGGUGGAUCUGAAGGUGCAAAAUGAGACACUAUGUCAGCAGGAAUUCCAUGACUACCAGCGUCUGUCCAUGAUCUGUGUUGGUGAUCAGAACAGUGGAAAGUCAACUUACGAAGGUGAUUCUGGUGGCCCAUUAGUCUGCAAUAAGAAGGCUCAUGGCAUUGUUUCUUAUGGACCUUCAGGCCGCCUCCUACCUUUGGUAUUUACCAGAGUCUCCUAUUUUGUGCCCUGGAUACGUCAGCAGCUGAGGAGGUUUGCACUCCAAGAGCUACCUGCCUCUCCAUCCUCCCAAUAA